AGCAGAGCAGUUGGUAGGACAGCAGGAGAAGCCUUUCUCUCUUCCCGUUCCAGUGUUGUGUAGGCCAUCGACUCGAGUGCUCGGGCAGAUAGAAGAGAGAGAGAGAGAGAGGGGGGAGAUGCAGCGGCUCACGGGGCGGGACAUGUGGGACGUGGAGGAGUGCCAGAGCCCGCGCAUGGGCAGCGUCAUCCUCGGCGUCGACGGCGGCGCCAGCAACACCGUCUGCGUCUGCAUCCCCGCCGCCAUGCCCUUCAACGACCCGCUCCCCGUCCUCUCCCGCACCGUCGCCGGCUGCUCCAACCACAACUCCGUCGGAGAGGACAGGGCAAGGGAGACGCUGGAGAGGGUGAUGUCGCAGGCGCUGCUCAAGGCGCGCCGGCGACGGUCAAAUGUCUGCGCCGUCUGCUUGGCCGUAGCAGGCGUCAACCAUCCAGUCGAUCAGCAGAGAAUGCUGGACUGGCUCAGGGACAUAUUUCCAAGCCAUGUCAAGCUGUUCGUGGAGAACGACGCGGUGGCGGCGCUGGCCAGUGGAACCAUGGGCAAGCUGCACGGAUGUGUGCUGAUCGCAGGGACAGGGACCAUAGCGUAUGGGUUCACCAGUGAUGGUAGGGAAGCUCGAGCAGCAGGUGCAGGGCCAGUUCUGGGUGACUGGGGCAGUGGCUAUGGGAUUUCUGCCCAGGCAUUGACAGCAGUGGUGAGAGCUUAUGAUGGCCGAGGCCCCGAAACAGUGCUUACCAACAACAUCCUUGACUUCCUUGGACUGGCAUCGCCAGAUGAAUUGAUAGGGUGGACAUAUGAAGACCAAUCAUGGGCUCGUAUCGCUGACCUUCUUCCAGUUGUGGUAGAAUCAGCUGAAAGUGGUGAUGAGGUGGCAAACAAGAUCCUACACAAUUCAGUUGGGGAACUAGCUUCCAGUGUCAAGGCUGUAGUGCAAAGGCUUGACCUUGGUGGUGAAGAUGGCAAGCAUCCAUUUCCACUUGUUAUGGUUGGUAAAGUCCUUGAGGCAAACAAAAAGUGGGACAUUGGGAAAGAAGUGAUAGAUUGUGUUACCAAGAAUUACCCAGGUGCCUAUCCAAUACAUCCCAAGGUGGAGCCAGCUGUUGGUGCAGCUUUAUUAGCAUGGAAUGCUAUAGCAAGCGAAUUAGAUGGCGACAUUAGAACUGUUCAAUAAUGGAACAUCCUGCAAAUUAUUGUAUAUUAUGUUUUACUGCUGAAUCAUCACCUAGCCUUUUGCAUUUGCUGUAACAGGUUGCUUGAAAAGGUUGUAAUCUUCUCGAGAAAGAAAGGUUUACAACAAGGAAUUUGAUUUA